AUGGAUGAUCGUCAUAAAACACAUUUGGUCGACUUAAUCGACGAAGAGCCUGCAUUAGUGUUGGAUCAGAUGAUGGAUAGCCUAACAGCCGAGUUCAUUGACCUCGAGAUAUCAAAAACAGCACUGUACAAUUUCGUUAACAAAGAAUGCAAGAUCAGUCUGAAGAGAGCUCACUUCCAUUCGGUUGAACGCAACUGCUUGGAAAAGAUCACAGCAAGAAAGGAAUGGGUAGAAAAAUGGAUGGCCACCGACAUGGACUACAUGAGCAACUGCGUAUUCAUCGACGAAGCAGCAUUUCAUAUCAACAUGAAGCGAUCUAUUGCAUGGUCAAAAGUGGGAACUCGCGCCGUUGUCAAAAUACCAAAGACUAGGGCAAAAACAACAACAAUCUUGGGUGCAACCUGUGCUUUUGGUGUUGUCAACAUUAAAGUAAGACGCCCUCGAGUAAUGCCCACUUCCAAGAAAAGAAAAACCGUUGGAUCGAGCGGACAAGCUCAAACACAGAGCAAAGGCACCGUUACAGGUCAUUACUUUAACUUUAUAAGCGACACCAUGGACGAAAUGGACAAGCACCCAGAGAUUUUCAAGGACAACUACUUGAUCAUGGAUAAUGCUCCAAUCCACACAAAUGAUGAUAUCAAGCUUCUUAUUGAAAGUCGUGGCUACAGAUGCGUCUAUCUUCCUCCUUACUCGCCAGAGCUUAACCCUAUUGAGCAAUUCUGGUCUAUUUGUAAGAUGAUCUUAAAGGAUUUUAUCUCUUUGCCUCCUCGUGGUAAGAUCUACUCCAUCAACGAGGGUAACUACAGAUACUUUGACGAGCCCAGCAAGAAAUAUGUCGAUCAAGUCAAGCAAAAAUACAGCGCUCGUUAUGUUGGUUCCAUGGUAUCCGAUAUCCACCGAACAUUGUUGUAUGGUGGUAUCUUUGGUUACCCUACUGACUCAAAGUCAAAGAAAGGAAAGCUUAAAAUCUUGUAUGAAGUGUUCCCUAUGGCCUUCUUGAUUGAACAAGCUGGCGGUAAGGCGACAACUGGUACUAUGGAUUGUUUGGACUUGGUACCUGAACAUAUCCACGAUCGUUCUGGUAUUUGGCUCGGUUCCAAGGAGGACGUUGAGAAUUUGGAGGCUUGCUAUAAGGCUUAA